AUGGUGGUCGCAGUAGUUCUAGUGGCCGCAGUUGUGGCGGUGGAGGUGGCGCGGAAGAAGCGUCACGAGCACAAGGUGAAGAAGCGCACCGCCAAAGAAAAGGCUCAGAUUCGGCGGGCGCAAGUCCGACGCGCCCAGAUCCAACACCGAAAGCGAAAGGCAGACUACAUGCGCCAACUAGAGCUCGACAUUGACAUGCUGCGUGACCUGAUCUCUGCUGCUGAGCAGGACAUGCGCACCAUCCAGAAGGACAACGAAGCCAUCCGCGUCCAGCUCGGCGUGGUCCACAUGAUCAGGAACGACCGUGGCGUUGUCAAUGCCGGAGGUGGAAUGGUGGGCGUCGCACCGGAGGGCGUUGGCGGCGGCGCUGGAGGAGGAAGAGGAAUCGAUACAAUCAUGACGGGUGUGCCGCAACUUUCCAUCACCCCGGCACCGCCUGUGCAAUUGCCUGCAGAAUCUACAGCAGCAGCAGCCACUAACAGCGUUGACAACGUGGCCGCAUCCUUGUCGCCCUUGUCGAUCUCGUCGACCGAUGGGUCGGCCUUCCCGAGCACGACCGCUACCUCGCCCGGCGGCACCGUCAGCAGCGGUCUCGAACCCUCUUCGAACAUAGAUAGUCCCACGUCAAUUUUUGACGGCAUCGACCUCGACGACAUCACCGUCAGCAUCGUCAUGGACGAAGCCAUCGGCAACCCGGUCUACCAGAUCUCGCCCUUUGACCCUAAAGCUAGCUGUGCAGCGACGGCGACGCCUGAAUUCGAUCCAUCGCUCACGGACAAGAACAGCAGCGGCUUCCCAGAAGCGCCUAUUGCAGCAGUGUCGCCACUUGACCCCGGCUUCACGCCCAACUUUUACACGGAUCUUGCUGCUGCGCCUUUCGACAGUACGACUCUUGCUGGACGUGGCCCAAGUCAAUUCUCUGCAACGACCUACAUUCUGCCGAACCUGACGGUUGCCCAAACGCACCAAGUCGUCAACUUUGUUCUUGCGCUGGAACACGUCUGCUGGGGUCAUGCUGGUCACCAGUUCCACGAACCCGAUGCCGAGAUCUGUGCCGACACUGGUCACGCCUUGAUGGCCACAAACCUGUUCCUGCGUGAAGCACCCUCGGAUGUCUUUUCGUCCAUCGAGACGUCCGCCAAGGACAUGACAGCCUUCAUCACCAACACGGACCCGGAGAACCCGGCGUCGACCGCCAACCACAUGGCGGCGCACCGAGCCUCGCAAGGCCUUACCUGGCAGGCACCCGACGUCACGCUGCAGACACUGUAUGGCCUUGCCGUCUCGCUCAACCCCAUCUCCGAGAUGGAGCUGGCGCCCGUGCAGGCCUGGUUCGAGCUCGCGGCUCGCUACCCGCUGUCCAUCCUGCUGCGCGUCGACAUCCUCAACGCCCUCAAGCGCGAGUUCGUCGGCGUCGUGCGGUGUCUGUACUUUGGCGCGGUCAUGGAGCGCGAGGCCUUUGAGAGUGUGGUGCAGCGGGUGGUGGACCCCGUGAUGGCCAUCGAGGAGAAGGCUUGUGCGGUGCACUCCUUUAUCGGUGCUGCGCCUACCAUGGCGGCGCCUGUCACGGUUUCGCCAAAAGACCUGACCAUCGGUGCUCCAACAAUUGAGGACCACGACUUUGCGACGGUACGGUGA